AUGUCAUUCUCCAUCUUCAAACUUUGUCUAUCAUCAUUCAUUCUAUGCACUUUCUUUCAAGAAUACACCCAUGCCCUUAGAAAGACAUAUAUUGUAUACUUGGGAGGACAUUCUCAUGGUCCAAGUCCUUCACUUGGUGAUCUUGAGUCAGCCACAAAUUCCCAUUAUGAUUUACUGGCUUCAGUCAUAGGAAGCCAUAAGAAGGCAAAGGAAGCAGUGAUGUACUCGUACAAUAAGCACAUAAAUGGCUUUGCUGCACUACUUGAAGAGGAAGAGGCCUCAGAGAUUGCAAAAAAUCCAAAUGUAGUUUCUUGUUUCUUGAGCAAAGAGUAUAAAUUACACACUACCAGAUCAUGGGAUUUUCUUGGACUGGAAAAGUAUGGAGGUAUUCCUGCAGAUUCCGCUUGGUGGAAGGGAAAAUUUGGCGAAAAUACAAUCAUUGCUAAUUUAGAUUCAGGCGUUUGGCCCGAGCACCCCAGUUUCAUCGACAACGAUUACGGACCCGUGCCAUCAAAGUGGCGUGGGAACGGAACUUGCGAGAUUGACCAUUUUACACGUUCAAAGAAAACAUUCUGUAACAGGAAGUUGAUUGGAGCAAGAAUCUUUAGCGAAAAUUAUGAGGCACAAUUUGGCAAACUUGAUCCAUUAAAACGCACUGCACGUGACUUUGUUGGCCAUGGUACACAUACAUUGUCAAUUGCUGGUGGUGAUUUUGCUCCUGGUGCAACUAUCUUUGGUAAUGGCAAUGGCACCGCAAAGGGUGGGUCCCCAAGAGCUCGUGUGGCAUCCUACAAAGUGUGUUGGUCUACAAAUGAUGCUGGUAGCUGCCAUGAAGCAGACAUUCUACAAGCAUUUGAUCAUGCCAUACAUGAUGGUGUUGAUGUUAUCUCUGCCUCUGUGGGAGGCUCUAAUCCUUACAUUGAAGCUUUCUUCACUGAUGGCAUUUCCAUUGGGGCAUUCCAUGCAGUUGCUAGAAAUGUAGUUGUAGUUUGCUCUGCUGGCAAUGAUGGACCAGCACCUAGAACUGUAACAAAUGUGGCACCAUGGUCCUUCACAGUUGCUGCUAGUACAAUAGACAGAGAUUUUAUCACCAACAUUUCUCUUGGUAACAAACGUUACCUUAAGGGAGCCAGUCUUAACAGAGGCUUACCAUCACAGAAAUUUUAUCAAUUGAUUCAUUCUGUCAAUGCUAGACUCCCUAAUGCCACAAGUCAAGAUGCCCGGCUUUGCAAGCCUGGAACACUUGAUUCUACCAAAAUAAAGGGAAACAUAUUAAUCUGCAUUCGACGCGAUAAAACAACCUCAGUUGCUCAGGGAUAUGAAGCUGCUCGUGCUGGUGCAGCGGGAGUGUUUGUGGUCAAUGAUGAGCAAGGUGGUAAUACACUUCUAGCUGAGCCUCAUCCUAUACCAGGCGCAAGUGUGGAUUCCAAUCAGGAUGAGAAUAUUGAUGAACGUGAAUGGUUUGGAAAAGGAGGGUCCGAUAGAAACAAUAGCAGGAGACUUGCUGCUUACAUGACUGUAGCAACAACACAUUUAGGAAUAAAGCCAGCUCCAAUUAUGGCUGGAUUCUCAUCCAGAGGUCCCAAUGCAGUGCAACCAUUGAUACUCAAGCCUGACAUAACUGCUCCUGGUGUUAACAUACUUGCUGCUUAUUCACUAGCCACAAGUCCCUCUAAUCUACCAUCAGAUACACGCCGAGUUCCUUUCAAUGUGCAACAAGGAACUUCUAUGUCAUGCCCUCAUGUUGCUGGCAUUGCAGGUCUUAUCAAAACUCUUCAUCCUGAUUGGAGUCCAGCAGCUAUUAAAUCAGCCAUUAUGACUACUGCUACCACACUAGAUAGCAACAACCUACCAAUUCGGGACGCCUUUGAUCAGAUAGCAACUCCAUUUGACUAUGGCUCUGGACAUAUUCAGCCUAACAUUGCAAUGGACCCUGGACUUGUUUAUGACAUGAAAAUAAGUGAUUACUUGGACUUCAUAUGUGCUCAUGAUCAUAACCAAUAUUUAAUGAAGCUCUUUAAUCACGGCUCUUACACUUGUCCAAAGUCUUACAACAUUGAAAAUCUUAACUAUCCUUCAAUCACAGUAACUAAUCGUGGGAUGAACCCUAUAAAUGUUACUCGUACAGUAACCAAUGUUGGGGCUCCAAGCACAUAUGUUGUGAAUGCUACCGUACUUGAAGGAUUUAAGGUUAUUGUUCAACCAAGCUCGUUAACUUUUAAGACAAUUGGAGAAAAGAUGAGCUUUCGGGUUAUUCUCCACCCAACAAGUGUGCCUAGUCAUGGUUUUCCAGUAUUUGGGAAUAUGUCUUGGACAGAUGGCAAGCACAGAGUAACCAGUCCUAUUAUAGUGCUGUAA